GAAACGCGUAUGAUGUGCACUAUCCCUUCAUAGAUGCGCUCGUGCGUGGAAUCGUCCGUUUCUACAUCAAAUCGGUGAGAUUUCGCAUCUUAUUCACACGCGUUCAUGACGGGACCGGCUGUGCGUUUCAUUCAUUCGCGGAGACGGCUGAGAUUUUCUCCGGCACUGACAUUAUGCGCUCGGUAACCGGGAGCUGAUGCCGACAUUGACACCAUCCGCUCUCCUCUGACAGCUAAUAAACGGUGUGCGCUGCGCCCAUUUCUUUCCAUUCAUUCUUCAGAAAGCAUCGAGAUGUCUAUGAAAGCAAAGUGCGGCGAGGCGGUGAAGGUGGUGGUCCGGUGUCGCCCGCUGAACCGCAAAGAGGAAUCGUCGGGUUACGAGAACAUCGUGCAGAUGGAUGUGAAACUGGGCCAGGUGGCCCUGCGGAACCCCAAGGCGGGUCCGGGAGAUCCUCUCAAGACCUUCACGUUCGAUGCCGUCUACGAUGGGUGCUCCAAACAGAGCGACAUGUACGACGAAACGGUGCGGCCGCUCAUCGACUCGGUUCUGCGCGGAUUCAACGGCACCAUCUUCGCGUACGGACAAACUGGCACCGGAAAGACGUACACCAUGCAGGGCCAGUGGCUGGAUGCGGAGCGCCGCGGCAUCAUCCCCAACUCGUUCGAGCACAUCUUCACGCACAUCUCCCGCUCCCAGAACCAGCAGUACCUCGUCCGGGCGUCGUAUUUGGAGAUCUACCAGGAGGAGAUAAGGGACCUGCUCGCCAAAGAUCACAGCAAGAAGCUGGAGCUGAAGGAGAGCGCCGACUCGGGCGUCUACAUCAAAGACCUGUCCUCCUUCGUGACCAAGAACGUCAAGGAGAUCGAGCAUGUGAUGAACGUGGGCAACCAGACCCGGUCGGUGGGCUCCACCAACAUGAACGAGCACAGCUCCAGAUCUCACGCCAUCUUCCUCAUCACGGUGGAGUGCAGCCAGCUCGGUCCAGAUGGCCAGAACCAUAUCCGCGUGGGCAAACUUAACCUGGUGGACCUGGCCGGCAGCGAGAGACAGACCAAAACGGGCGUCCAAGGAGAACGCUUGAAGGAGGCCACCAAGAUAAACCUGUCCCUCUCCGCUCUGGGAAACGUCAUUUCCGCCUUGGUGGACGGGCGAAGUUCUCACGUACCCUACCGUGACUCCAAACUCACUCGCUUGCUUCAGGAUUCGCUGGGAGGGAACGCGAAAACCAUCAUGGUGGCCACGCUGGGACCGGCAUCCUACAAUUAUGGGGAGACCCUGACCACCCUGCGUUACGCCAACCGGGCUAAGAACAUCAAGAACAAGCCGCGUGUCAACGAGGACCCCAAAGACGCCCUGCUGAGAGAGUUUCAGGAGGAGAUCUCCCGGUUGAAAGCGCAGCUAGACAAACGCGGCGGCAUGCUCACCAGGAGGAAGAGGAGGAGCAGGAGAAUUAGGAAGAUUGGAGAAGAGGAUGAGGACGACGUGGAUGAGGAAGAAGAGAGUGAUGAGGAAGAGGAAAGUGUGGAGAAGGAGGCGCAGGAGUACAUGAAGGAGCAGCAGGAGAAGCUGGAGAGAGAAAAGGAGGCCAUCAGAGAUGACCAUUCCUUGGUGGCGGAGGAGAAACAGAGACUCCUGGAGGAGAAAGAAAGGAUGAUGAGACAUCUGACGAAGGAGCAAGAGGCCACUGAACUCCUCACUGCCAAAUUUAAGGCGAUGGAGAGUAAGCUGCUGGUUGGUGGGAAGAACAUCAUUGAUCACACCAAUGAGCAACAGAAGAUGCUUGAGUUGAAACGGCAUGAGAUCGCUGAACAGACACGCAGGGAAAGAGAAAUACAGCAGCAGGUCUUGGUUCAGGAUGAAAAUACAAUAGAACUCAGAGAAACAUUCUCCACUCUGCAACAAGAAGUGGAAGCAAAAACAAAAAAACUCAAAAAGCUGUAUGCAAAGCUUCAGUCUCUGAAGGCAGAUAUUCAGGAUGUAAACGAUGAACAUGUGAGAAGUCGACAGGAGCUGGAACAAACUCAAAAUGAACUGACCAGAGAACUCAAAUUCAAGUAUCUGAUUAUAGAGAAUUUCAUCCCUCCUGAAGAAAAGAAUAAAAUUAUGAACAGACUUCAGUUUGACGCUGAGGAAGAUCAGUGGAAGUUUCAGCCUCUCGUCCCGUCAGAGAAUAAAUUGACGCAGAUGAAAAGACCCGCCUCCGCCGUGGGAUACAAGCGACCAAUCAGCCAGUACGCUAGGGUUGCCAUAGCGAUGGGAGCUCAUUCCAGAUACAGGGCGGAGAAUAUAAUGGUUCUAGAACUGGACAUGACUCCUCCUCUCGUGUUUCGACUGGACUCCCCAAAGUCUGGAUCAGAGAUGGAAGCGUCUCAAGACGUGCUGCUGGAGAACUCUACUUACAGAGAGAAAUUUGCAGCAGGACGGGUGCGAAAAUCUCAGUCGUGGUGCCAGUCUCCACAAGCCAUCUCCUCCUCAAGCUCCUCCCUCUCUCUAGCAUCCUCAGGGUCCCAUGAUCUGCCACACCCACAAAACAUCACCAUGGCUACGGCAAAUGAAUGAGACAGGAAUUACCAUAACAACACAGAGGAUUAAACAAUAGACACUAAACACAACUUAUAUUGAGGAAGACAGGGUGAGACAAACCCUUCCAUCACCAUCAAACAAUGACCGGAGCAAUCGCACCUUCAACCCGAGGAUCCCGGAAAACCUGCCCAUGUCCCUGCUGUCUGCUCGAUGGGGGACAAAACAUUUCAUGCUAUUUUUUGUACUCACCAGGACCAAUAAAACGAUUGAUAUUCCAAACAAUACUUCCUUCUCUUCAUCUCUUGUUCUCUGCGUGUUAUUCCUCGGGGCAGUUUUGACCUGAAGACACUUUGAUAACUGCCAUUAAAUGACAGCACUGAAUAUUCUCACCUCACCCCGCCACCUGAGGUCUGGUCAAGCUGUCACAUUUGUUGAGAUUCACUUCGCUGCUUCCAAACCGGUCGGUCAACCUCAGCCUUUACUUACUGACUUCAGAGCAUCACGUCUGGAAAACGCACGCCUCGGAUGAUGGACGCCAAACGGACGGGGAUUGUGACCUAAUGUAGAGAAGAGCGCUAAAGAGAGGCUUGUCUCUCUCUUUCUAUCUGCAUGUCUUACUGUAUGUGUGUGUCUUUGUAAUUCUGAUCAGGGUUCCGGAAGGAAGGUGUCUGUCUGGCUGAAGGACAGAUCUGCAGGGUUCCCACAGGCGUGGAAAAUCUGUAAAUAUCAGGGAAUUUCAACAUUUUGAUUUCCGGGCCUGGAAUGGUGACGUAAAUUAAAUAUUACAGAUGCAAUCCGUAACUUCUGAAGUAGAAUUGCAGGUUACUCAUUGUGCUUAUCUUUACAUGAGUUGAAGUCAAAGGAUGUCAGACAUUUCCCUCGAAAGUGUAAAAGACAGUUCAAAUCAUAAAUCAUUAUUAUAGGCUUUCUGUAGUAAAUAGUGGUAAGGAGACAUUUUUAACACUAUUUUUUAUGUUCAUGCUUAAUGGAUUUUUUGUUAUGAAUUUUGGAAAAAAGUUUCCAUAAAAAAGUUAUGGAAAAGUUUUCUAUAGAUAAUAUAUAUAGUUAAUAGUUUUUCUUAAAGGUGACGUGUAAUUUCAAUAUUACUACCCCAAUCAGUACGCCCAAAUAAUCAGAUCGAAAUUAAAUUUGGUGCUGCUAAUGGGACAGAUUAGACACAUUGCACCUAAAAAAAAUCAGUAUGUAGCCUUUUAUUCAUGAAAGUAGGAAAUCACAGUUCUUGCCUAUAAUAUAACAAAAGCCGUUUUGCCAGUCAAUGUUAUUAUAUCAAGUUAAUUUUAACACUAUCGAAGUAAAAAGUGUUUACAUUUUUGGGGUGAAUCAACCUUAAAGUAGCCGUGAACCGGACGUUGAUAUCGUUUAUACUUCCGUAUUCUGGCACAUUUCCGUAUGAAAAUAAAUUUUAAAGGCGGAAAUUAGUGGGCGUGGCUUGCGUUUUUCACUGCGAAUUGAUUGGAUGUGUAACAGCUGUUGCAUUGAUUUUGAGAUAAAACUGGGAGCAGACUAACAGUUGAAGGGGAGGAUUUAACUGAUGCUCCGGCCAAGCCGUCUAAUUUACGUCAUUUCAGAUCAGUGCGGAAGUGCACAGAUUAUAACUGAAGAUUACAAGGGGAACGUGAGUUUAAAAAAAAAAGACCCACAUUGAUAAGCCAUUUACUAUAAACGGUGCAGUAUUUCGUGAAAAAAUAAGAAUUGUCAUUUUUAAUUUCACUAGGACUUUAAGUAAUGGCCCGGACUGGAAACGCAAUGGAAAUUGAGUUUUCAAAGGGUGUGGGGACCCUGGAUCUAAAAUGUGUGCUCUGCAGGAAACCAAGCAUGUGCUACAUGACCUGGGCUUUGCUUUGACCUUUAAACCACUGCACUAACCUAAAGCAAUGAGAGAUCACGGACACAAAACACGCAAACACAUCAACACACAGAUAUGCCUUGCUUACUUGAUUUCUUCUACAGCAACAGCCAUGGUUUCCAGCCAGAUGCCCUUCUACUGUAAUUAUGAACAUAAUAUGUGGAUAUUUGUUAUGUACAGGAGAUCUAUGUAUGUCUAUGUGCAUCAGUACUGUGUGUUGUUGGCACAUGGAGUUGCUCCCAGUGAAUGGAAUUAAACGAGCAGUUCUCCGG